GAUAUGGUCGUGGAUCAGGCGGAUCUCAUGGAUGGUUACACAAACAGAAAGAAAGCGCCGCAGCAACCAGACUAUCGACGGAACUAAUGCAAGAGCCAACACUUAUCAUCUUGGCAGUCAGGAUAAUCAUUCCUCAAGAUAUAUCAUCCAUCCACUCCGCCCCCUUCUCCACGCCGCUCCCUACGAAGGUCCGCCAUGGGAAGUCAAGCCGUCACGAACCAACGCCUUUGGCAUGAGGGUCCCUCGUGCGACACGGGACCUCUCCCCUCUCCCGACCCGGCGGAUAUGCGCAUCCAAGACCUCCAGCAAGGCAACCGGCUCCUCCGGUCGCUGCGCCAGGCCGAGACCUGGAUGGAUCGCAAGUUCGGGGUGGAAGCCAUGGGCAUUGAGCGCGUCCCGGACGACCAGCGCCACCCGCCGGAGUUGCUGAAUAUGUUGUUUUUCUGGUUCUCCGCCUUGCUGGCGCCCGGGCUGAUUCCCAUUGGGAUGCUGGGGCCCAUCUUUGGCCUGUCGGUGCAUACCUCCAUCCUCUUGACCGUGCUGGGCACCCUGAUUGGAUCCGUCAUGCCCGCCUUCGCGGCGACGCUGAGCCCGCCCAGCGGCCUGCGUCAGAUCGCCGUCGCGCGCUAUGCCUUUGGUCUGUGGGGCGCCCGGCUCUGUGGCCUGCUCAACAUCAUCGUCAACGGCGGGUACGGCGUCAUCGCUGCCGUGGUUGGGGGUCAGCUGCUGGCCGCCGUCUCGGACGAGUCCAUCCCGCUGGCCGCGGGCAUCAUCCUCCUCGUUGGCGUCGCCUUUGCCAUCUCCUUUGCGGGAUUCACUAUGAUCCAUCACUAUGAACGACAUGCCUGGGUGGUGGCCCUGGUGCUCCUUUGCGUCACCUACGCCCAAGCGGGCCGGUACUUCCCCGCGGAACCCAGCCGGAGCUCGGUGCAGGGCAUCGACUUCUGCGGUUGCUGUCUGAGCUACUUUGCCAUUGUCUUUGGCGUCUGCUGCUCCUGGUGCACCAUUGCGGGCGACUACUACGUCCACUAUCCGGCCCGGACCAGUCGGUGGCUCGUGUUUGGCCUCACCUACUGGGGCCAGGUGCUGCCCACCAUCUUUGUGGCCAUCCUGGGCAACUACUUUGGCGGCAUUGUCAUGUCGAACGAGCAGAUGGCCGCCGUCUACCAUUCCGGGGGAGCAGGGGCUUUGAUCCUGGCCACCCUGCGGCCGUCGGAAUGGGCCAAAGUGGCCGGCAUCCUGUUUGCCUUGACAUUCCUGGCCAGUGUCAUCAUUGAUAUCUAUUCCAGCGCCCUGUGCCUCCAGCUCUUGGCGACGCCCUUCCGCGCCGUGCCGCGCAUGGUCUGGUGUGGCCUCGUGUCUCUCGUCGUGCUGGCCCUCGCCUGGGGCGGUCGCCAUCAGCUGGAGGCCAUCCUCAACGACUUCCUCUCCCUCUUGGGAUAUUGGACGCUGGCCUUUGGUCUCAUCCUCGCCGUCGAACACUUCUGGUUCCGGCCGCGGUUGGGGGGCUACGACCUGGGGGCGUGGCAGGACCCCAAGCGCCUGCCCGUGGGCGUGGCGGCCACGACAACCUUGCUGCUGGGCAUCGGUUUCUCGUUCGUGGGCAUGGAUCAGACCUGGUAUAUUGCCCCGGCCGCGAAGAGGAUUGGCGCUUAUGGGGGCGAUGUCGGGGAUUAUCUGGUGCUGGCGUCCGUGUUGGUGUUUUAUCCUCUGCUCCGAACGAUGGAAAUUCGUAUUCUCGGUCGGUAGUGGACAUGAUGACUGUAUUUCGAGGUGGAUGGGAUUCAUAUGGUAGAGGCCAUCAGCAGGAAUGACGAUUUGUCCUACCGGGGUUGCCGGGGAGACCAGGCUGGGGAUGGGCCAGAUGGCCAGUCCGAUUUGAUCUUCCCUGGCCGUUCAAACGUAAACGGAUCCGGGGUAUUUCCCUGCCUAAAUGGAACGUCAUUCAAAACCUCGUCCGUCUUUUUGCAGGGAUGUUGCGUGAAUCGGCCCCAUCCCCAUGGUCCAUGCACCGGAUUCCCUGCUCCAGAGCCUUCCAAUUAGCUUUGUAAAAUGGCCCUGAUAGUUGCCCAGCGCACGU